AUGUUGAGCCCGGUGGCAGGUUUAUUUGCCACCGAGGGAACCGAUCCAGACGCAAUUGAAAGCCAGAGCAAAGAGGCGUAUCGACGCCUGCGCAUCAGUCAGGGUAUGGACGGCCAGCGGGAUGUAUGCCUGCGCAUGGUAAUCGUGACGAUUGCCACGGCCAUCCCGUCGGCCUCCCCCACCUGCUGGAUUCUACCAUCGCGAAAAGGGUAUCUGGUUCCGCCAUCACGGCGCAGACCACCAUCCUCGUGCGCAUGGCCGACGACUUUAUCUUUGUUCCCUGGACGGUCGAUGCAUUGGCACCGUGCUCGGCGGCGUCCCCGGGUAUGGUGGUUUGGUAUCGGGUCCGGCCACGGCCCGGCAAUGAUACGGACUGGCUGCUAUCACGGCAGCGAUGACAGUCGUCUUGAUGUGGUGGCGUCUUCUAUCUUCCGCCGGCAUUCGAUGGCGGCGCUUAUGAGCGGCGUCACAUCCAUGCUGGUCAUCGGAUUCAGCUAUGACGACACGCAUACACCGCAGUACGGACUUGCAGGGCACGGCUACACCGCGUUCUGGCUAAGCGAUUGGUGA